GGAUUCUAUGAGGGACUGUGGAUCUUACGGAUCACGAGACCCGUACAUUCAGGUUGUUUGCAUUUUGAAAGGACGACGGUCCCACAUCUAGAUAUUGUUACUCUUUGCGAGCAGAUGUGGUGACGAGACUUUCCACCAGUUCACUCUUCGCUCUACCACAUGGAGUACGACAGUAAGACCGACGACAAUGUGCUAGCCCAUGCGGGCAGUCCAGAUGUUGUACUCAAGCACGAAGUUGCACCCUCGCAUACGAACGCGGCGGUAUGGGAUAAUCGACAGACAUAUGGGCCGGCAGGGUUUCGUGGUCUACUGUCGUCGCCUUAUGUUGCGCUAUGCGCAGCAUUUUCUGCGAUUGGGGGACUAUUAUUUGGUUACGACCAAGGCGUGGUGUCUAUAAUUCUAGUUAUGCCGCAAUUUCUGGACUACGUCCCUCGUAUUUCCAAUGAUGCUUCUGGGUCUGGUUUCUGGAAGGGUUUACUUACAGCAAUGAUCGAGCUCGGGGCACUGCUAGGUGCAUUCAAUAUGGGGUGGGUUGCCGAUAAGUGGUCUCGGAAGUACGGCAUUGUCAGUGCCGUAGUCAUCUUCACUAUAGGAUCUGCUAUCCAAACGGCCGCUGUCGAUUAUGCCAGUUUGAUUGUGGGUCGCCUGGUUGGAGGUAUCGGAAUCGGAAUGCUGUCAAUGGUCGCCCCGUUGUAUAUAUCCGAGAUUUCACCUCCGGAGAUCCGUGGAACGCUUCUAGUGCUGGAGGAGCUCAGCAUUGUGUUCGGUAUCGUUGUUGCGUACUGGAUCACUUACGGCACCCGUGAGAUUGCUGGGGAUUGGUCUUUUAGACUGCCGUUCCUUCUACAAAUCCUGCCUGGGGUAGUCCUUGGCAUUGGCAUACUAUGGCUUCCGUUUUCCCCUAGAUGGCUGGCCAUGAAAGGGCGCGAUCAAGAGGCAUUAAAAAGUCUUGGGACAUUGCGACAACAGCCGGAGUCAGACAGUCGUGUCAUUCAGGAGUGGUACGAUAUCAGGGCUGAGGCCACAUUCCAGAAAGAAGUCAGUCUCGAACACCACCCACUCCUGCACGCUACGGAGUCCAAGACGAACAGCAUCAAACUCGAAAUGGCAUCUUUUGCCGAUUGCUUCAAGAGAGGAUGCUGGAGACGGACCAUGGUCGGAAUGGGUCUCAUGUUCUUCCAGCAAUUAGUCGGGAUAAAUGCUCUGAUAUACUACUCAAAUUCACUCUUCGAGCUCAUGGGCCAAGGCUAUGAGACAAGGCUCAUUCUUUCCGGAGUGUUGAAUGUUUUGCAACUCGUGGGAGUCUUAACGUCCUUAUAUACUAUGGAUAAGGUUGGAAGGAAGCCGUUAUUGCUCAUCGGUAGCGUCAUGAUGUGCAUUUCUCACCUCAUCAUCGCCGUCCUUGUCGGGCUAUUCGAUGAGAGCUGGUCCUCGCACAGGGUUGAGGGCUGGGUUGGCGUGGCUUUUCUAUUUGCAUACAUGAUCGCCUUCGGGGCUUCAUGGGGACCGGUCCCAUGGGCUAUGCCAUCAGAAGUCUUUCCUACCUCUCUUAGAGCCAAAGGUGUAGCGCUGAGCACGUGCUCGAAUUGGUUCUUCAAUUUCAUAGUUGGACUGAUUACACCCCCAAUGGUGCAAAACACUGGCUUCGGGGCAUUUGCUUUUUUCGCCGUGUUUUGUUUUCUCUCGUUCGUGUGGACGUGGUUCUUCGUACCCGAGACAAAGGGAAGAACAUUGGAGCAGAUGGACAAUGUGUUCAAAGACGUUAGUAGCGAAGCUGAAGAGGAACGGAAGAAGAGGAUUGAGAUGGAGAUCAUGGGAAGUGAGGGGAUCCAGGUGACGGUCUAG